AUGACAUCGAUCGUGCGCCCCUCAGCCUUUCUGCUGAGAAGAAGUUGUCUUGCCCUCUCCAAUCCCGCGCGAAAUGCUGCUUUCUAUUCCACAUCUCGGGCGGCCUCCUCGACUACUUCUCCUCUGGCAAUCGCCUCGACACUGAAACCUGGUCUCUUCCAGACGAAACAAAGGGAUGUUGCAGUUAAUGUUGCUGGCUUCCAUGCGACCAGCCGGAGGGAUCUCCUGCCACCCCCACCUCAAACUAUUCAGGGAACAAUGAACGAUCCCGCUCCCCUUCCUCCUACUUCUCCUUCCCACGGCAGCUACCACUGGACUUUUGAAAGAGCUAUCGCUGUCGCCCUUAUCCCGUUGACGAUUGCCCCCUUUGCUGGUGGAUCUCUUAACCCGGUCAUGGAUGCAGUGUUUUGCGGUACCAUCUUGAUGCAUUCACACAUUGGUUUCCAGUCUUGCAUCAUCGAUUAUAUCCCCGGGAGACGUUUUCCCAAAGCCAAGAAGGCGUUCGACUGGCUUCUUCGCGUAAUGACCCUGACAGUUGCAGUUGGGUUGUAUGAGUUCGAGACGAAUGAUGUUGGCGUGACUGAAGCCAUCAAGCGAAUCUGGAAAGCGUGA